AUGAUCCAACCGUAUUCAUUCAAUACUUUGACCCAAACUAAAAUCCUUGAACGACGAGAAAAAGCACAAACGCUUGCAGAGAACGGGGAAACUGAAAAAUCGAUCUUAGAAUAUAACAGAAUAAUUUUUUUAUCACCAGAUAACGCAGAUUUCUAUAUAGAAAGGGCACAUCUGUAUUUAAAAUUAUCUGAUCUUGCAUCUGCUAUUGCGAAUUUUCGAAAAUCAUUGAAAAUAAGACAAGAUGCUGCUGUAGAAAAAAUUUUAAACCAGCUUUGCUUUGUAAAAGGAAUGAGCCUUAUAGAUGAAGGGAGGGUGCCUGCAGCGAUGGAUUUUUUAGAGCACAACAUAAAGAAAGAUGAGCAAUACCACUAUUUGUGUGCCCUUGGGUACUUAGGAUCAGGCGAAAAAAUGCUGUCUUUAAAAGAAUUAGAAAAAGCUAUUGAAAUUUCUCCAGACUCAGCAGUUGAUGCCCUUGUGCUAAAAGGGAAAAUUCUGCUAAGUUUAGACCAAAAAGCUGAUGGUUAUGAUGCAUUUUGGAAAGCUUUCAAUAUAAAUUCUUCACAUCCUGACGUAGUCGAGUUCGUAAAUAUCAUGAAACCUCUCGCCCAAGAAUGGCACGAUAAAGCAGUUAAUGCUAUUUUUAAAAAAGAAUACAAGCAAGGACUGUAUUUUAUAGACAAAGGGUUAUCAAUUUAUAAAGACUCCCCAAAGCUGCUAUUAUUAAGAGCCGCAAUCCAUCGAAUGCAAGAAAAUUUUGAAGAAGCACUCGACGACCUAGAAAAGGCCAGCCGGCAUAUGAAUUUUGAAAAUAUUUCAGACCAGGUCAGAAUUCAGAUUGCGCUAACUUAUAAUGAUAUUGGGAAAUCUUUGUAUCAAGCUCAAAAGUAUGUAGAAGCGAUAACCCCUUUUAAUGAAGCUAUAAACUUUAUGAGCCAGGACGCAGGGUUGUUUAUUAAUAGAGGAGACUGCUAUAGGAUGAGAGGAGCGACUGAGACUGCUCUAGCUGAUUAUCAUCAUGCAAUAGAACUAGGAGCCAGCCCUGAACAAGUGAACCCUCGUCUGGCUGCGCUGCAUAAUGCAAUAGGAAAUAAUCUUUAUGGCAAAGGAGACGCUGCAGGGGCAAAUAUUGAAUAUUCAAGAGCAAUUGUAUACAACCCAGGGGUGGCUGCUUAUUAUGUGAGUAGGUCGAAAACACAAGUUGCAUUGAACCAAGCUCGACAAGGUUAUGAAGACCUACAAAAAGCAAUAGAACUUGAUCCAAAUAAUGAAGAAGCUCUCAGGCUGCUCUCAAAUUAUAAAAUUUCCUCAAUUCCUCACAACCUUCCACACAACAUUCGUAAACUUAUGUUUAAACAAAACAUGCCAAUUUAA